AUGCCUUCCCUUGGGACCUUCAGGGCGUUCUUCCUCGUGGCGGUCUGCUGCGUUGGCUCGUUCCUGUUCGCAUAUGACACGGGUAUCAUUGGAGGCGUCCUCACUCUGAAGUCGUUUCAAAAAGAUUUCCGUUACAGCAAUGCUCAAAGGACAACUGUGGCCUCGAACUCCAAUAGUCUCCUCCAAGCUGGAGCGUUCUUCGCCUGCUUCUUCACCUGGCCAUUUACUGCACGAUUUGGCCGACGAUGGUCUAUCGCCCUGGCUUCUGUCUUUUUCUGCAUCGGGGCGGUAGUUCAAACCAUCAACACACAUCACAUUGGAGCCUUCUACACCGCUCGAGUCGUUUCAGGUGUCGGGGUUGGUAUGGCCACCGUUAUGAUCCCCAUGUUCAGUGCCGAGAUGGCGCCGAAAAAUAUUCGCGGACAGCUCGGCAGCAUGUUCCAGUUCUUCUUCACACUUGGAGUUAUGACCAGCUAUUGGGUCAACUAUGCCGUUUCAUCCAAAAUGGCAUCUGGAACUCGCCAGUGGCAAGUUCCUGUCGGCCUGCAACUUGUGCCUGGCGGCAUCCUCGGUUUGGGCAUGCUCAUCCUCCCCGAGAGUACUCGCUGGCUUGCAAAGGGUGGCCGGCACGAAGAGGCUAUGAAGUCGCUCAUCUGGGUUCGUGGUGGGGACAAUGAGGAGGUCCGCGCUGAGAUGACAGAGAUCCUUGCUGGAAUCGACGCCGAGGUCCGGGCCACAGAAGGAUUGACCUGGAGAGAGAUGAUGUUGCCAUCCAACCGCUGGCGCGUCUUCGUUGUCAUCACAUUACAGAUUGGCGUGCAACUCACCGGUAACACCUCAUUGGCCUACUAUGCCCCGCAAGUAUUUCAGACUGUUGGCGCUGGUGAUUCCAAACUCCUCAUCAGUGGGUUUUUUGGUGUCAUCAAAGUUGUGUCGUGUUUCAUCUUCCUCGCCUUAUUGGUCGAAAGAAUUGGCAGAAAAGGUGCUUUGAUGGGUGGCGCGGGUGCGAUGGGCUCUUUGAUGCUUAUCGUGGCCUGCCUUACUGCCACUCAUCCGCCCAGCAAAAACCAGACAAGGGUGUCACCAGCGGGCGCGGCUUCUAUCACCAUGAUUUAUCUCGAAGCAGCGGCGUACAACAUGUCAUUUGGUCCAGUCUCCUGGUUGUACACGGGCGAAAUUUUCUCCAACCGCACUCGAGAGAUCGGUAUCGCCAUCGGUACCGCCACGCAAUGGCUUUUCAACUUCGUCUUUUCCCAGGCCACCCCACAUGCGGUCGACAACCUCGGAUGGAAGACAUUCUUGAUGUUCGCCAUCUUUAACUUCGCACUUGUGGUCUACGCUUGGUUUAUUAUCAAAGAGACAACUGGAAAAUCUCUCGAAGACAUGGAGGCUGUCUUCGGCUCCGACAAGACUCAAAUCAGUACCGCGAAUAUGGAAGCAGCAGAACACGAGCUUAGCAACAAGGGCAUGGCAACCACGCAUGUCGAAGCGAAGGCGUAA